AUGGACCAGCGCAGACCGCCAGAGUAUAUUAUUGAGGUGUUUGCGGACCCUACCUCGGUGAAAGAGGUCAUUAGAGGCAUUCUACAUACCAUUUUCUUCCAACGCUUCUUCCCUUCUAUUAGACCAAAGUCUCGCGAUGUCUUGGACAUGACUCUGCCAUACAUUGAGAAUGUUGAAAUUGAAACACUUAUCGAUCAAAGGACCGCUGCUCUGGUGCGGCAACUAGACACCACUUCGGAAACUGGCGCGAGAAAUACCGGCGUUAGAGGACAAAUGGCUGUUCAAUUUUUUGAGAAGAAACGAAGGAAGGCUUGGUUCACGAAAGGCGAGGAGGAGGUAUGUUGGGAACAGUGGACUUUGGAUGUUACAUUGGCUACUCCGCGAACAGAAAGUGAACGGGCAAAAGUUAGAAAUGCGAUGGAGGCGAUGUUACUGAAAGCGGCAAUGAAGAUCGUAACAACAGUCAAUAUGGAGAAAGAUCAUAUACCGCCUAUUACCACGAGCGAGGCAAAUCCAUUUCCCUAUCAGAUUACUAUAAACCCCAGAGCAGAUAGUUGGGGAGCUCGUAUGAGUUUGUUCUAA